CUGUUUCAUCCGAUAAAUCUAAGAAUCUUAUAAACGCUAGAAAUAAAAUUUUGGAAGCUUCGAAAAAUGGUGCAAAGAUAAUUUGUUUACCGGAAUGUUUUAAUUCACCAUAUGGUACUCAAUAUUUUUCUCAAUAUGCUGAAAAUAUUCCUAAUGGUGAAAGUGUAAGAACUCUUUCCGAAGAAUCUAAGACUUAUCUUAUUGGAGGAUCUAUUCCGGAACGUGAAGAUUCUACUGGCAAACUAUAUAAUACUAGUACUGUUUAUGAUCCAGAGGGAUCUCUGAUUGCAAAGCAUCGAAAAGUUCAUUUAUUCGAUAUUGAUAUUCCUGGCAAGAUUACAUUCAAAGAGAGUGAUUCUAUAAGUCCUGGAAAUUCUUUAACAUAUUUUGAUACUAAAUUUGGUAAGAUUGGAUUAGCAAUAUGCUACGAUAUAAGGUUCCCAGAAAUGGCCAUGAUUGCUGCCCAAGAAGGAUGUAUUGCAAUGUUUUAUCCGGGAGCUUUUAACAUGACUACGGGUCCCUUACAUUGGGAACUUUUACAAAGGGCGAGGGCUCUUGAUAACCAGUUUUAUGUUGCAACUUGUUCUCCCGCGCGUGAUAUGAGUGCAACCUAUAACGCAUGGGGCCAUUCGACUAUUGUGAAUCCCAGUGGUACUGUGAUUGCAACUACCGAUCAUGAAGAAGCCAUUAUUUACGCGGAUAUUGAUUUAGAUGAAAUGAAAUCUUUUCGUCAAUCUAUUCCUACAACUUCACAAAAACGUCAUGAUCUUUAUACUAAAGUUACAAAUUCUAAUUGA